UGCUGGUUAUCCUUUAAGAGCCUCAGAGAGAGGGAGUUAAGGAAGGGGAAGUGUAUAGGAAUCGGGUUGAAAUUUGCAGAUUGUUUGUGUCAGGAGUAAAGCAGAGCCCGGGAUGUAGCUUCCUGUUGUUGUUGUUUUUUUUUUUUGUUUGUUUUUUUAAAUUGACUUGGGCUGGUUACAGAGAAUCUCUGUCCCUUGGCAGCCUUGUGUGGUUUUCCUGUCCCUGUACUAGCUGACAGCUGCCUCAAAUGGGAUUUGAAUGGGAUUUGCAUUUCCAUGGGGUCUCAAUCUGAUCUGCAUUUUCAAAAGGCAGCAACAGACUUGAAAGAAGUGUGGAGAAUAGUCUGAUAUAACCAGCCUCAGCUAUGGGCAGAAACUUUGUUCGUAUAAGUUAAAUAAAAGUUGUACAUUGAGGAUAAAAUCCGAAAAGUUUAAUGGACUCGUCAAGACUUCCAAAAGAAGGUGGAGGGAGAAAAUAAAAUGGAGACAGAGGCAGUUUCUAAUCUUCGUCGCCAACUGAAGGAAGCAGAAGAUGAGCGGAGAAAGGCAGCACAAUAUGGCUUGCAUAUACUGGAGCAACAAAAUGAGAUGCAGAAUCAGUUAGAUCAACUACGGAGUGAAUUGAGCACCAAAACUGAGAAUUUUGAACAAGACAGGUAUUCACUUCAGAGAGAAGUUGAGCUCAAGAAUAGAAUGUUGGAAAGCUUGAGCUUUGAAUGCGAUGCUCUUAAGCAGCAACAAAAUAUGCAGCUGGACAAACAGCGAGAACAACUUGAACGAAUCCAUGGACAAGAAAUGAGUCAACUUAAAGACAAGUUGGAGAAACUGAAAGCAGACCUAGAUGAAACCCGACUAAGUGAGAAACAACUAAAGCACAAAGUGGAACAUCAAAAGGCAGUCAUUAAUGCUAAAUCGGAAGAAUUGCACAUAAUGUCUGAACGUGUACAUGAAACCAUGUCUUCGGAAGUGCUAAAUCUCCAGAUUGAACUAACGGAACUUGAAAGUGUGAAGGCCAGUGUUGAAGAGAAGAUGAAUGAAUUGCAAUACAGUAAAGAGCAACUAGAACUUGCAAACAGCAACCUACGCAACCAGUUGGAACGCCUUCAAGGAGAAAAAGAAGAGAGAGAAAAGGAAACAGUUUCUUACUGCAGUGCAUUAGAGAAAGCUCGUGAAGCUAACCAGGCACUUCAAGGUCAGCUGGAUCAUGCACUGGUUCAAGCUUUGGACCCUACCAGUAAAGGCAAUUCUCUGUUCGCGGAGGUGGAGGACCGUAGGGCAGAAAUGGAACGUCAGCUGAUCAGUGUGAAAGUAAAAUAUCAAUCACUGCAAAAACAGCAUGCCUUCACUAGAGAACAAUUGCAGAGAAUGAAGCUACAAAUGGCUACGCUGCUUCAGAUGAAAGGUUCUCAGGCAGAGCUCGAGCAGCUAGAACGCUUGCAGUCAAUGUUAGAACAAAAGAAUGGUGAAAUAGAAGAUCUUCUAAUGAAAGUAAGGCAACUGGAGAAAUUUAAGAAUUUAUAUGAGAACAUGGAAGAAUCAAAACCUUCUAGCAGCAGUUCAACAGGUGGAGAAUUUGAAGAUGGCUAUUAUACAGAUCUGCUUCAAAUGAAACUUGAGAACUCCAAUAAGGAGACCGAAACUUUGAGAAACGAACUAUCCUUACAGAGAAUGAAAGCUUUAUAUGAGAGCCAGAGGGUUCUGGAGGUAGAAAGGAAGCUUUUUGCCAAUGAGAGGCACCUGCAGGUAUGCCAAAGUGAGAACAUGAACUUGCGAGUUAUGCUGGAUGAGCUGAAAAUGAAGUACGAACCUGAAGAAUUAAUUAAAAUCCCUAAAAGCAUAAAAAGGAGGGAGAAGAUUCCAGUGGACAUGACUUCUGACCCUAGAGAGAGCAAAAAUGCUACAGUAGAGGAAACCACUCACUUUUCAUCUCAAAAUAAAGAAGAAAGAAAGAUAUAUACCAAGAACUUGGAUCCAAGUGAUGACCAUCAAAGAAAAUAUGUACUUAUGGCAGCACCAAUGAACAUCACUCCUCUUCCAGCAACACAACAAAGGGCUGAACCUGAGAAGGAUAGGAAAAGAGUGAAAAUCAAAGAAGAUAACAUCGAAGGUUCAAGUGAAAGAAAUGGAAAUAACUCUCUAACUCCAGCUGCCUCCAGGUCAGUGUCAUCUUGUGUGUAUGCUCAUGGCAAUCAGCGCAGACCUGCAUCUGUUUUCUUUCGCUGCAUGAACUAUGCUAUCCACUUCUUUAUCUAUUUUCUCAGUGUUGCAUGCAGUGUAAUUCCUCAGUUCCGGCUGCCUACACUCAACUUUUCAAAAUCUUUUAAAAAGGCUAAAAUGAUUGCUAAUGAAAAUGACUCUUAGAAUCAUGAACCUGGAUCUUGGGAAUAGCUGAUAUUUAAGGUUUACUAUUAUUCAAAAUAACAGUGUCAAUUUGUAUAUCUUUAACUUAACCAUGAUAGAUCAAACUUCGUUGGCUGAGGCUUCUUUACAUGGUCAGUUUGAGGCUGCCAUGCAAAACUAACUCUGGCAGGACUUUAGGGAUUGCAUUCCAGUAGUGCGAAAACUUGAGACUUAAAGUAAUACGUAGCCUAAAAUUUGCAUGUCACAAAAAAUGAUUACCACUAUUCAAGAUCAUGUUUUGAUUAACUAUGUAAUAACACAACUUUUGUUUUGAAAACUAAUAUUCGUCAAAAUUACUAAAACUUUCACUCUUUUUUAUUCAAAAUUUAAGUAAUGAUUGAUAGAGACCUAGCACUGUUUACAGAGCUCCAACCUUUUUGUCUUUGUAAAAGGAAUGCUACUUUCUAUUCAAGCUAAUAUUCUCAUGUGGGAGCACGUGUGAGUACAUAGAAAUAUUACACAUUUGAGCUCUAAUGAAAGGUCAAAAAGCUAUGUAAGUAAAAAUCAGAAAAUGCUGGCUCUCUAGUAUUUCAGGUCAGGUUCUGCACACAAUAGUGUAGCCAUGUUGAAAAGAUUGCUGAGUGAAGCUAUUCUGGAAGGAGGGUGGAAUGUUGAAUGGAAAAAAGCUAAGUUUCCUUUUUAAAAAUGUUCAUUUUCCAUGAGGUGUCCAGCUGUCUUACUACUUUGCUCUUUACCAUGUUCUUGCCUCAGUCUUUCAACUUAGUAUUGCAUAUAGCUUCCCGUGGGGAAAGCUAGUUUGCCAGAAAAGCUGCAGGAAUGUGAGCCACUCCCUCUAAUGUUGACUCUGGCCUUGGCUACACUGAUGCUUUAUAGCGCUGCAACUUUCUCGCUCAGGGGUGUGAAAAAAACACCCACCUGAGGGCAGCAAGUUAUAGUGCUGCAAAGCUCCAGUGUAAACAGUGCCCCAGUGCUGGGAGCGUGGCUCCCAGUGCUGCAAGCUACUCCCCAUGGGGAGGUGAAGUACGUGCGCUGGCGCUGUGACCACACUCGCACUUCAAAGCGCUGCUGUGGGAGCAUUCUUGCGGCAGUGCUUUGGAGUUUUGAGUGUAGCCAAGCCCUCUAUCUCCUUUAUAGUGCCCCUCAGAAACUUCCCCUUUUUCCCCCCCUCACUUGUUUCUGAAAUAUUUUUUUUUCUUAGGCUUCUAUUUAGCAUUGUUCAUGGUACAGCAUAAUGCUUUAUAUUGGAACCAUAUAUACUACAAUCAAACAUAAUACAAACUGUUUAAAAAACAUGGAAAUUAGAUACAGAACUAUGCUGAAUGAAUGUUACGGUUGUGAGGUCAAAGUUAGGAAAUGCUAGAAGUAAAGAUUCUUGUGCAACCUCUGCUUCCUUGUGUGGAUGUAAUUAUAGGCAAUUAAAAUGGUGUGAUCAAUUUUUUUUUCAAAACUCAAGUCUCAUUCACUGCACUUCAUAACUACUGUUUUAUAUUUACGCUAUUUAGAGAAGCUUUAAAAUAUAAAUUCAGAGAUUAUCUGAUGAAUAAUAGAGGGAUACACUGAGAGAGCACAAUGGGGGUAACAUUGCAUCAUCACUGGGUUGGAAGAACUUGCUGGUUCCAUUUUAAUUAGUAGGUUAAAUGGACUGGGGGUAAGAAGGCUUUGAAUGAUGAAGGGUCUGUGGCUUGGGAAGUGGGGUUCCUGGAGGCAUUACAUAUAUGCAGAACAUGGAAAAGGACUUGAGUGAGAAGAAAAUCAAGGCACCUCAACUCUGUUAUGAGAGGAACAGAAGGGAAUAUGGUAAGACAAAAUCUGAUGUUGGCCAGGAAAUGCAGAGGGACUUAAUGCUAGAAGAUGAUGCUUAGUUCUGCUAUUUGUUGACAUUAGUAACUAGAGUAUCUUUUUAAUGAGUGAGAGUGGGCUUAAUAACAAAUUAAACUGUGACAACUGUCUAUUUCAACACAUGGAAAAGGUCACGAAGAUUCAGUUAAGUGCAUGUACAACUUGUAAGAAAUAUAAGGAACUCAAAGGAUGCACACAUCUGGCUUGUGGUAUAAUUCAGAUAUUGAAUGUUUUGGUUUGGGGAGCACAAUUUUUGAGCUUCCAGUUUAGUUAGAGUAGAAUCUGUCCCCUCUCAAACAGUCUUGUGCACUUGUUGUCCAACUGAUUUUAAGUAAAUUAGUCAUAAAUACUGACUCCACAUCCCUCAUCUAGGAGGAAGGUGAGGAAGAAUGUGCAGGAAUGUCAGAAAUCAGGUAAACUUGAGGGGGCCAAAUUGGUUAUAAUGACUUUUGGAGUUUCGGGCCUCUUUUGGGGCCAUCUUGCCUUAUCUAGAAGGGAAGGAAACACUUAAAGCUGGAUGUGAAAGAGGUGCCUUGGUAUGACUAACUGAUGAAGUAGCAUCAGCAGGCUUUGGAGAAAGUAACAUCCAUAAUUCAUGGGUUAACGGAAGGCAGUUAAAAUGUGUAGCAUUCUUGAGGGUGAAAAGGUGGAUUAGAGAAGUCAGCUGUGGGUUUGAAGGGAGGUUAAAGCUGAGGAGGAAAGUGUGUCUGACAAAUGGAGGGUUUGGGGAGUAAAGGAUGGGGGUGGAGGGAUGAAGACUAAAUAAAAUCAAGCAAAAUUUUUAAUUUAUGGGAAGAAUUUUUAUUUCUCCUGCGCCACUUUGUUGUCCUAGAUAGCACAUAGAUAUAGAAAAGAAAAAUCAAAACUCUAAGGCUUUUGGCCUCUAUAGUGUUAAAUGUUGGUUUGUUCUCCAUGGUUUUCCUUUUCCAGCAAGGGGAAAGUGUUCUGACUCAGCUAUUUUAAUUUCAUUUAACUCUUCCUUUUGGAUUAUCCUGAUUGUGCCUCCUGCACCCCAUAGUGCAGACUCAUUAGAGAACAGUAAGGCUUUCAUUCCUGUUGGCAAAGUUCUAUAAGCCUGUUUAGCUAAUUGAAGCCUGUUUAGCUCAUGAUCCUCAGGGGGAGGAGUAACUGCUUUACUCAGUGUCUGUUCUUUGAAAUUUGUGAUGUUCCAUCUUGAAGUUUAAAUUAGCUUUUUUUUUUCCUGAAAUAUCUUUCUGUGAAGGAGCCAGAUUGCAUGCUAUUUGGAAAUACACAGUCCUUCAUUCUCUGAGUAGUUAUCACUUUUCAGCUCUCUUCCAUAAACUUGUUAUACUUGAUAUACUAUAAUGGGGCUUGGCAGAAGAAAUAAUGUGAAGGAGAAAGGAAGUUUUACUUAGUAAUAACUAGAGUUGAGAUCACUUAAUGUUCCUUAUAGAUACUUGCUGUACCAUCCUCUUACUUUCUUAGGGUAGAGGAGAACUGAUGAUGGUUAGGUAGAGAGGGUUUGUAUAUCUGACUUGUCAGUUGGCUUAAUAUAUUUUUGUUUAGGUGAAAAGCUUAAAUACCUGAUAAGGUAGGGGGUGGGGGUGUGUGUGUAUGUGUGUAAAGUAUCUGAGUCAUGAAUGUUAAUGUUUGCGUCAAGGUAGAAAUGUUCUUAACAGAACUCUUAACUUGGGUACAUGGUACAGUAACAUGUUGCAGCCUGAAACUUGCAGACAUGUGACGUUUUAUUAUUAGUGCCCUACCAAGUUCAUGGCCAUGAAAAAUGCAUC